AUGGUUACUCAUUCGGAUAAAUCGGGAUUUAAUAUAAAAGAAUUACCUUCUGAAAGAUUUUAUGAGUGGUUGAAUAAUAAUUUAAUAUAUAUAUGGCGAUAUUCUAGUGAUUGUAACUCUUUGAACAACAUCUAUAAGAGAAAACCCAAAAAUAAAGAACUUUGUGCAAAAAUUGUAAAUUAUAUUAAAUCUAAGCCUAAAAUAUCAACUGAAGAACAUUUGAAAGAUCAUCAUUGUAAUCUUUUCAAUUAUUGGAUAUAUGAACAAUUAGCUAAUGAUUAUGAUAAUAACUCUACAGAACCUGCUCUCAUUUUUGCUGAUAUUCUUUUUGUAUUCAGUGGGUUGCAAUAUUAUCCCAAUAACAAGACAUGUAAACUUGAUGAUAAUAUUGUCAUAAAUCCCGACAGAAAAAAGAGAAAAGAACUCUAUGAAUACUGCAUUGAUUAUAAAACUAUCUUAGAGAAGUCUAAACUUAGCAAAGAUAAUUGCAAAAAAUAUCAUACCCAUGUCAAAGAUAAAAUUGAAUUAUAUAAAAAAUAUCAGACAUUUUGCUCUUCCGAUGACAACAGUGAAUGCCCAGAUUUUUUUCAUAAAUUUUGUGAAAACAAGGAUCCAAAAAAUCUUUUAGAUCAGUUAAAUUGUGAUGAUAUAUGGGGAAAAGAAAAACCGCCACAUGGAGAUGCUUCUGGUACUACAAGCAAUUUUUUUCUUAGUAGUCAAUCAGCAUCAAAUCUUAGUAAUGCAUUCUUGGGUGUCGUAGUGACGUCCAUGACCUCUGGUUUCUUAUAUAAAUUUACACCACUAGGAACACGAAUACGCAACGGUUUAUUGUGGAAUAAUAAUAAUAUAAGUAAUUUAAAUACUAAUGUCGAUGAAUUAUUUGUCCAAGAAUCAUACAGUCCUUACUCAGGGGAAGAACAGCAUCAUAUAGGAUACCAUGCCUCGUAA